AUGAUGCCAGGGCAGAUCCCCGACCCGUCGCUGACGGCUGGCGCGCUGCCUGGGCUCGGCCCCUUGACAGGACUGCCUGGCACAGCCCUGACCGCUGAGGAGCUGAAGUACGCCGACAUCCGCAACAUCGGGGCCAUGAUCUCACCACUCCACUUCCUGGAGGUGAAGCUUGGGAAGAGACCCCAGCCCGUGAAGAGUGAGCUGGACGAGGAAGAGGAGAGGAGGAAAAGGCGCCGGGAGAAAAACAAAGUAGCAGCAGCACGAUGUCGUAACAAGAAGAAGGAGAGAACGGAGUUUCUGCAGCGGGAGUCCGAGCGUCUGGAGCUCAUGAAUGCUGAGCUGAAGGCCCAGAUAGAAGAGCUGAAACAGGAGAGGCAG